AUGCAGUCCAAAACGUUUAUACACCAACUGCACGCGAUCCUGCAGCACCCGGAGCUGCAAACGUGGAUUCGCUGGAGCGAGCAGGAACAGGACCACGAGCAGGGGCACGGACAGGAGCAGGAGCAGGAGCACGAACACGAACACGUCGGGGUGUUUCUCAUCCGGCCACACGACGCCGGCUUCGCCGGCGCCGUGCUUCGCCGGUUCUUCAAACACGGCAACGUCUCCAGCUUCGUGCGACAACUGCACAUGUACGGGUUCCACAAGCUAGCCGCCACGACGACGACCAACGCGGCCACCACCAACAUGGGCAAAACAGAACUGGCCUGGAGUUUUGCCCACCCUUCAGGCUUGUUCCACCGCAAUAGCACCGCAUCGGACCUGCACCGCAUCCAGCGCAAAAGCGGCGGAGUGGGCAGAAACGGGAAACGCAAAAACGUGCUGUCACCGGUUUGCAUCAACUACGUGGAUGGCUCUGUAGCAGCAGCGGCAGCAGCAGCAGCAUCGGCAGCAACAACAGCAACAACGGCGACCUCCAUACUGCCGCCGUCCUCGUCGUCCGCCGUUUCCUCUCGGCCAGGCUCCACCGUUGCCAACGCAAGAGAUUUGCCAGCCACCCACAACCAAUCGCCGUUGCCAAGCCUAAAACCGCUGGCUACCCCACAAACACAACACAGCAGCAACGACGACCUGUCGCGGUCCCCACCUUCGCCACAUCAAACCAGCAGCACAUCCCGCCACAACUCACAACACUCUGUGGAUUCUCUGCCGCAAUUCCCAUACACCGUGCCCUCCAACGCAUUUAUGGCAUCCAACGCAAGUCUUCAGCAAUUUCAAGCAAACUCUAACCUCAUACAACGCAGUAUGGUCACCGUACUCGACGUUCUUCAAAACUUCCCACCCCAGACUCCUGCAGAUGCCGAAAGAAUAUCUGCAACGUUACAGAGUUUGAAAAAUGAAAUAAUAAAUCUCGAUAGCCGAUGGACUUUCUCCAAACACCCAGGGCUUUCAGCACAUUCAAGCUUCAGUAGUGUUGGGUCCUCAUUUUCGCAUCCUUCCGGCCUAGGGUCAAGCAGAAUACCGAGUUUUUCAACUCAAAAAAGCUCUAUUUUCAGUAACCCUCGUUUCAGCAAUGUUGGUAAUGCGAGAUCUUCUUCAUCCACCUAUUGGGGGUCUUUCUCACAACCGGAUCCCGAAAAUGGGUUUAAUACCAUCCCAUCCAGAAAAUGA